CUACUAUCUAUAUACAUUUAGUAGUUAGUGCCGGAAUCGAUUUUCGUACAGGAAGAGAAAAGUAAUUUCUUAUUGUCGUUUCUCCCAAGAACAGAAAACAUGGCAGAGGCAGAGGAAACUCAGAAGAAGAAGAGGACUUUUCGAAAGUUUACCUUUCGAGGAGUUGAUCUCGAUCAACUCCUUGAUAUGCCAAAUGAGCAGCUCAUGGUUUUGAUGCAUGCUCGCGCUCGAAGGCGUUUUUCUCAUGGCUUGAAGCGGAAGUCGAUGGCGUUGGUGAAGAAAUUAAGGAAAGCCAAAAAGGAAACACCACCAAAUGAAAAACCAGAAAUUGUCAAGACGCAUUUGCGUAACAUGAUUAUAGUACCUGAAAUGGUCGGUUCCAUUGUAGGUGUCUAUAAUGGAAAAACAUUCAAUCAGGUCGAAAUCAAACCUGAAAUGAUCGGUCAUUACUUGGGAGAGUUCUCUGUCACUUACAAACCUGUGAAGCAUGGUAGGCCAGGUAUUGGCGCUACUCAUUCCUCAAGAUUUAUACCAUUAAAGUAAUUUGUAUGUUUUGUGUGAAUAAAAUAUGUAAAAACUAA